AUGACACAUCAUAAUUAUGCCCCUAGAUUACACCAUGUUCAACCGGGUGUUUCAGCUUACGAAAAGUCAGCAAAUGAAGCCUUGGAAUAUUUACAAGGAGCAGUUCGACAAAUGGCUCUAUCUCCACAUUUAUGUCGUACAAAGACAAUAGCAAAGGAAUUACAAAAGACAGCAGAUUUUCUAGCAAUAAUUAAACUAGAAAAUGAUUUAUAUAAACGGGCAUCCAAAGAGUGGUGUAAUAAUUUUGAUCAACGUGAACUCGUUACACAAAAACAGGCCUUAUUAAGGUUGAAAGAGAAGUUCGCAGAUCCAGGUGGACAAUUUUUACCACGUUACCGUGUCAAUAUGAAUAUGGGACCUUUACUUUGUAGUUCAGAAGAUUGCAGAAAAAGAGAAAUGAAUAAGAAAAAUGAUGAAACUGAUGGAAUUGGUUGGACUGAUACAUCAUAUAAAGCAGCUCAUGCCUGGGCUCAACAUGAGCUGAUGGGAUUAAAUAGUGAACUAGCACCUUUAGCCUAUGCUGCUAAACGACGAUUAGAACAAUAUACAGAUGAUUUGGAAAUCACAAAUCGUUAUAGUGCGUAUCGUCGUAAUAUGGGCUACUUAGCUAAGAGUAAAGCGGGGGAAAAAGGAGCUGUAGAAAAUAUAGUUGAUCUAAACAUAAGACCAGAAAUAGCUCCAAGAUGGAAUCUCGGUAGAGAAUGGUUGAGGAGUAAAAAUGUGAAUACAGAGAACUACCUUGCACCAGGGGAUUCGUUAGAUUGUGGAGUUAAUCAAGACGAAUUUAUGCAACGGUACAACAUAAAAGUUGAUCCUAUUAAAGAAGCAGGUCUGUGGGCAGAUUUCCCUGGAAAGUCGGAGUAUCAAGACAAUUUUUCUGCACCGUCAAUGGUUGGCACCUCUGAAGAAUCUGCUCAUUUUCAUGGGAGGGGAUCACAUAUAGAAUUGGAUGCAGAUCGAGUUCAGAACAAAGGUUACCUCGUCAAUCCUACACCGAAUUAUAUGCGUGACUAUAGACCUCCUAGACAAUUAGAGCCAGACAUUUUGAUUUCCGAGACACAAGAUAGAUUUCAAUCACCUGAAAUCUCACUACAGCGUAAAAUAAAAAACGUUUAUUAA